AUGGCACAUGCCCUCCGAAACACAACAUUGCCGCACCCAGGUACACAAUUGAGCACACGAGACGUCUACUCGCCACAGACGCCCACCUACAGCAGGAGAACAACCGAUCACCCGCGAUCUCCCCCAUACUUCACUCCAGGUGGGCUCGGACGCCACCCCAUUUCGUCAGUCCCGAGUCCCAACCUAGGUUUCACCAACCAUCCAGGAACCAUGGCCUAUUCUUCCAACCAGAAGCAGCAGCAGAACAUCCCGCCCCUUCAGGGAAUGACGAUGCAUGGCACUCUGUCUUAUUCGGACGCCCCAACCACACACAUCAAGCCAGAGAUCACGGGCACCAUCGACAAGGGCUUCUUCCUGGCAGACAAUGAGUGGACAUGCUACCGCAGGAAUUAUUUCUCCUGCGUCUGCUCGUUCCACAUCCCGCCCCCGACGCACCCUCAGGCCACCAUGCAUUUCUUGCCCACCGGCAGCUCGCAGACUUACCAGAUCGCAGGCUGGGCCAUGUGCAUCUCGGCGGUGGUCGCGGACAACGACGCGCACACGAUCGAGCUCGUGCAGCACACCCCCAAGCGGGACAAGGGCCCCAUCGCCCCUCCAGACAAGAUACGGCUAAACCCAAAAACUUCUCAGGCAGCGCAUCACCCGCUUGGGCACUACGGCGGGCCUGAGAUGGGGCUCGUGGGAUCCUCACGCGCCUACGAGCAGUCCCUGUACGGGCAACCCAUGCAGCACCAGUCGCUCCACACGUCCCUCCCCACGGAGCACACGUUCGAACGGAUCCAAUUCAAGCAGGCGACAGCGAACAAUGGGAAGCGGAGGGCUGCGCAGCAGUACUAUCACCUCGUGGUCGAGCUCUAUGCAGACAUCGGGCCACAGGGUCAGGGCAACGAGCAAUAUCUGAAGGUUGCCCACAGGAAGUCGGCAAAGAUGAUCGUCCGGGGACGAUCACCUGGACACUACCAGUCCGAGCGGCGCACGAGCACGAGCAGCGGACCAGGCUCCGGACCGUCAGGGCUCGGCACUUACCCGUCAACCGGCUCACAGAACUUUGGUGGCAACUACGGAAACCUCGGAUCCCAGAGCAUUGGCACUAGCUACGGCGGCUACGAGACGAGGUCGGGUGAUCACUAUCGCAACCACUCCGACGCGAUUCCCAUGGAGCCUAUGCUCAGCCAAGAGGAAUCUAGGAGCAUCCAGGAGCCCGAGAAGUAUCAGUACUUCCCCACACCCAUCCUCGAGCCCCAGCAGGACCCCCGGCAGCCGAUCGAGGUAUUCCACCACCCUACAAGCCGUGCUGGAGACAGCAGCCUGCGGGGUCUCGGAACUGGCUAUGACCUCACGUCGAAGCUCUACGCGGGACCUUUGUUCUCCGACAAGACAGUGAGCACAGGGCGAUUCGAGGGCAAGACGAGCUCGAGCGGCUACUACCCCACCAUGAUGAUGCCACCGUCGGCGGCGGAUGGCAGCUACAAACAACAAUGGAGAACCUCAGUAUCACCUCUGAUUACAUCGUCCACAGGUUAA